AUGACCAGCGACAAACGCCCGACGUCCUCAAGCAAACGCGCCCGCAGCCGUCGGAAACAACGCGCGGUGCUGCGCGCUGCCACUCGCGUCGUCAGCGCUUUCGAACCGACACCCGAAGGCGACAGAAACCGCGACACUAGCGACUUGAAGGGCGACAGACUCGAGAGCCAGGAGCCCCUCGUCAAGCCCAACACCAGCAGCAGCAGUAGCAGCGACGACGUGCUGGACAGCGGCCUCGUCUUUGUCUGUCGCCCGACGCUGCCGGACUUUUGCUCGCUCUUCGUGCCUCGAGACGACGCCCAGUCGGCCACGCGAGCUGCUGCAGCUUCAAAAGCAGUGACUUGCAAGACGUUCACAGUGCGCGUCCCGCGUUUUCGAGAGACACGCGAGGGCUUUGUCACGUACGUGCUCGAGGUGGCGACCUGCGACCUGCCGCAGCAGACGUUCCAGCUCGAGCGCCGCUUCUCGGACUUUGUCGCGUGUGCGGCGGAGCUCUCGAAGCAGCAGCAGCAGUGGCAGUGGCAUCGUGCAAGGGAAGAGGAGGAGACGACGAAGCACGGGGACGGCGAGACUUUGGACGGGUGGUUUCAGUGGCACUUGCCAGCCAAGACGUGGUUCCGCGUGACCAGUCGAAAGGAUCUGGAAGACCGGCGCGUGCAGCUGGAGCAGGCGCUCGAGAUGCUGUUGCGGCAGCGCGACGGGUGCAUGUGCAACCUCCCAGUCGUGCGCGACUUCCUCAUGCUCGACAUCUUUGGCGUGCAAGUCGCUGAGCAAAAGACUCUAGAGACGACUGCACAGGUGGAAGGGUGA